AUGCCCAGCGCCGAAGGUUUGUGGGAAGCAGACUCCGCUCAAAGCUGGUCUAAAGCAUUCGCUUCUCCUACCAUCACGAAGAGUGGAGUGGACGCAAUUCUGUCGGAGGAGUCUCUCCGACUAAGUGUGCGAAGUUCAUUCGGCAAGCUCUGGAGCAGUCAGAGCUCUCCUCAACCUGAGAAUCAACUAGGAGUCAUCAUCAUGAUACAUAUGCUGCUUCGCCGGAAAUGGGAUAUGGUACAGUAUUUCAGUGAAGCAGUACACCUCAAGAUUACCUACAGUCAUAAACUAGGCGGAAGAGAGGCGCAGCAGCAACAAUACCUAGGCUCCAUACCUGAGUACGCUGAGUGGAGGGACUAUACCUGCGACUGCCUGGACCUUCUUCAUUGGGACGCUAUUGGCUUCAUAUCACAGCAGUCCAUGUUUGAGAGUCCAUCAAUCCUACAUCUGCACCUUUCCCGCUUACUCAUACUGGCACCUGUCGAGGCCCUCCUGCGGUGCGCUCAGACAACCGCAGCUAGUACGUCCAUUGACAGCCUGCCUCAUUCGAUAUACGCAUCAUCCGAAGAUCGGACUACAUGGCAUACUACAAUUCUCUCCUGGGUUCGAGAGGACAUGUAUAAAGCCCGCCUAGCUGUUAUCCACGCUGGUGCUGUCCUUUGGCACGUUAGGCGAUUCUCCUCCCACCCCAUCGUGGAACCAUUCGCAGUCUUUCUGGCAGCGUUGACCCUCUGGGCUUUCGGAAACUUUGGUCCUCGACGUGAACAUACUUGCUCCAGCUUGACCUGCAGCCAACACACAGAGCGAUUUCCCUCGGGCGAGACUCCUUCGACUAUCGGCCCAUCUCCUUGCGUAGAUUCAUCCGACACAUCGUCACCGGCGACUGGCAACUCCAGCAUAAAUAUGAAUCAUUCACAAAACCGUCGUCCUGCAUCGACACGCUGCGAGGUAUCCUUGACAAAGCGUCGCAUGCCACGCAUGUUACAGCUCGAUCGCCCGCUAGACGAUGAGUUUGUGCAAUAUUUCAUCCGAUAUGGCGGUAAUACUCAGCUCUUUCUUGAAGGUGUCGAUGAUCUGUGCUCUGAGGAGGGUCCCGCCGAGAUUCUGCAAGAGGCAUCAAGGAUCUUGAUUGAGCAGCCCAUGUUUUGGACCAUAUCGGCGGGUUAUGCGGCUCAGCUGGACGUAAUCUCAGCCAACACUACAUGUAAUACUACUACCGAAGAUGUAAGGGAACUUCUUUCAUGA